AAGAAGCAAUCGAAAUGGUCCGCCGACGAAGACGCAUCGAUCAUCGAACUUCGCAACAACGGCAUGAAAUGGGAAGACAUCUCAAAGCACCUGCCAGGUCGCAGCGCGAUUAGUUGCCGGUUGCGGUAUCAGAACUACCUCGAGCGGAGAGCUGAAUGGGACGAGGAGAAGAAGAACAAGCUCGCGCGGCUGUACGAGAGGUUCAAGAAGGAGAUGUGGGAAAAGAUCUCCCGAGAAAUGCAACUCCCAUGGCGCGCCGCGGAGGCAAUGCAUUGGCAGAUCGGCGAGGUUGAGAUGGCACAACGCGCCAACGUGCCGGUCUUC